CGCAAUAAUAAUGAGUUGAAUUAGGCCAUUGGUGCAUGAUAGGUGUCAUUUGUGAAACAGUUUUAGAACUUUUCAGAAUAUAUUUUUAAAUAUAUCAUUUAAAAUAUUUGGAUAUAAUCCUGAUUACAUAAUGAGGUUAUUGUGGGAGACAUGAAGGACAGUUUUGACGGUUAAAGGUAUACAAAUAAUGAGGAUGUUUUUUUUCCUCCUGUUCAAGUAGCAUUUUAUUGCAGAGGCAGCAGCAGGAAGCUGUAGGUGUGGUGGUAUGCUGACUUGACACCGGUGAACUUGUGUUGUUCAGUCUGUGGGUGAUGUGCUGCAGGUUGGACUCUCUGUCGGUGUUCUCUGUGCCUCAACAGAGACAACAACUGCAGUAGAAGUCAGCACAACAGCUGCUCAGCUCACUGCUAGAUUAGCCUGGAGCUCCUGUUCUACCAACACAGGCUGAGCAGCUGGACUCAGCAAUGACUGAGUUUGUGAAGAUUUUGAUUUUGAUUUUGGCGCUGUCAGGCCCAACCAGAUGCCAAAACAGAAGGAGGAAGGGACAGAGAGAUGAGAACCAGGUCAUCGUUAAUGAGACCAAAACACUAAUCUGCCCAGUGGAGAUCAUGUUCAUUGUUGAUAGUUCAGAGAAAGCCAAAUCUCUGCUAUUUGAGCAACAGAAGGAAUUCAUUCUGCGCUUUAGCACCAAGCUCAUGCAACUCCACUCCGCCGGCUGGCGUCUGCGCUUGCGCAUGGCCGCUCUGCAGUACAGUAGCACUGUGUCAGUGGAGCACAACUUCAGAGACUGGCAGGACUUGGAUGUCUUUCAGAGCCGGGUGGCCUCCAUGACCUUCAUCGGCCAUGGCACCUAUUCUGCCUACGCUAUCACCAAUGCCACCAAGGUGUUCAGCCGAGAGACAUCCUCCAGCAGCCUAAGGGUGGCACUUUUGAUGACAGAUGGACUGGACCAUCCACGCAGCCCCAGUGCUGUGACAGCUGCUGCUGAAGCCAAACAGCACAACAUCAGGGUGUUCACCAUCAGGCUGUCCGGACUGCCCAGGGAGGGUUCCAUGGGUUCAAAGCUGAGAUCUAUUGCCAGUGCCCCUCCACAACAGCAUGUCCUCAGCCUCACUGACAGCCACCUGGAUGACAGACUUUUUAAUGAACUGAGUAUGGUUGUUAAAUCUGGGUGUCCACAACCAAAGACCUGUCUGUGUGAGAGAGGGGAGAGAGGUAAUCCGGGAGCCCCGGGGAAGCCAGGCGAGCCAGGAUCUGAUGGAGCUCCAGGUCCAAAGGGGUCUCGUGGGGAACCUGGUAUUAAUGGACGACCAGGAAUCGAAGGCCUUGAGGGAAUGCCUGGUAGCAAAGGGGAAAAGGGAGAACAGGGUGAAUGUGGUGCCACUGGUAAAAAGGGAGAACAGGGUGCUGUUGGACCUUCUGGUCCCAGAGGCCCCAGAGGAGAGCAGGGAGCCAGAGGGGCAUCUGGAGACCAGGGUGCAGAGGGGGCAUCUGGAUCUAAAGGUGAGCGAGGACCAAGGGGUGCAACUGGAGCUCCAGGAGAUAAUGGCAUUGGGUUCCCUGGUCCCAAGGGUGACAAAGGUAACCAAGGAAGACCAGGACCACUUGGACCAAUUGGUAUGGGUGAACCAGGGAUGCCAGGUCCAGCAGGGCCUCCAGGGAUGCAAGGUUCUCCAGGGUUUCCAGGUGAGGGCCUGCCAGGGCCCAAGGGUGACAGGGGGUACGAGGGUCCCAAGGGCAGUCGGGGACCUUCAGGAUUUGGGUACAAAGGUGAUAAGGGAAAUACAGGAGCUAAUGGGUUGCCAGGUUUGGUAGGGUUUCCAGGGGCCGGCAUCCAAGGAGAGAAGGGGGAUCAAGGACCUGUAGGGCCUUCUGGUCCAAGAGGACCUCCGGGACUCGGCCUAGUGGGACCAAAGGGUGACCAGGGCUUCCCUGGAGAACCUGGACCUCAGGGAGAAAGGGGUGUAGGUGAGCCAGGACCAAAGGGUGAGCCAGGACCCGAUGGGGCUGCUGGGAUACCUGGUAUUCCUGGUGAAGAUGGUGCUGUUGGGCCUAAGGGAGAGAUGGGGUUGCCCGGGCUGCGAGGCCUAGAGGGAAUACCUGGAAAAGGCAUACCUGGAGAAAAGGGAGAUAGAGGUGACCGAGGCCCAAGGGGACUUUCAGGGUCUCCAGGGCCUGUUGGACCUGCUGGAGCUAAGGGAGAGCCUGGCAGCUCAGGAAUGAUGGGCCUACCUGGACCUGCUGGGCGCGGCUUACCAGGACCAAAGGGUGAUCCUGGGCCUGUAGGACUGUCUGGGCCUGUAGGAGAACCUGGAGUUGGAAUCAUUGGGCCAAAGGGAAACAAAGGAAAUAUUGGGCCUGUAGGGCCACCAGGGAUGAAGGGAGAUGACUUACCAGGACCACAGGGUCUUCCUGGAUUACCAGGAGUGCAAGGAGAGAUGGGACCUGAAGGGAAAGGACUACCUGGACCUAAGGGCGACAGAGGCUUACCAGGUGUCCCAGGCCCGUCAGGUGCUCCUGGAAUCGGACUUUAUGGACCAAAGGGCUCUACUGGGCAGCCUGGUCCACGUGGCCUGCCUGGGCCUCUAGGAGAAGGCAUCCCAGGACCAAAGGGAGAACCUGGGUUUCAGGGAGCGAUGGGUCCUCGUGGGACACCAGGGGAUGGUCUUCCAGGGGAGAAGGGUAAUCGAGGUAUUCCGGGAGAUAGAGGAAAGAAAGGAGACAAAGGAGACUAUGGAGAGCCUGGAUCACCUGGACCAGUGGGGAGCCCUGGGGGAAAAGGGGAACCAGGACUGACAAGUGAAGAGGUCAUCAGGAUAAUAAGGGAAAUUUGUGGCUGUGGUCUCAAGUGCAGAGAGAGUCCUUUGGAGUUGGUGUUUGUGAUAGACAGCUCUGAAAGUGUUGGACCAGAAAACUUUGAGCUGGUGAAGGACUUUGUGAACGGUCUUAUUGAUCGGAUGACGGUAAGCCGAGAAGCCAGCCGGAUUGGUGUGGUGCUUUACAGCCACAUUGACAUUGUGGUGGUCAGUCUGCAGCAGCAGUUCAGCCAGGAUGACAUCAAGGCCGCUGUCAGAAUGAUGCCCUAUCUGGGUGAGGGCACCUUUACUGGCAGCGCCAUUCAUCGAGCCAACCAGCUUUUCCAGUCCUCUCGGCCUGGUGUGAGGAAAGUGGCUGUGCUUUUAACGGAUGGGCUGGCUGACCCACGUGACAUCAUGCAGUUUGAAGAAACAAGUACAGAGGCCCAUGUAGAGGGAAUAGAGGUGUUUGUUGUGGGAGUUGUGAACAAGACUGACUCCUUGUAUGAAGAGUUCCAGGCUGAGAUGAAUGUUAUCGCUUCUGAUCCGGAUGAAGAUCACGUCUACCUCAUAGAUGACUUCAGGACACUUCUUACUCUGGAAACUAUCAUCCUGAGUAGGAUUUGUGAGCAUGACACGAUGGUCUUCACACCAAACUUGCCAUCUGUGAAAAUCCUCCCAAAGGCUCCAGAGGCCUCCCGUUCUAAAGAGUUCCCAGAGGAGAAAAACAGACAACUGGAACACCCUGAGGAGACAGUAACAGCACAGCCUCCACAGGCCCCUGAGUCAGGGCGGAUUGAUGAGAACCAGGUUAACACUGAAUUGCUGGUGGAGCCUUGGAAUGAGCCACCAGACAUCACGCUCGCCUCUCCUGGUGGCAUGGGGAAACAGGGUCCUGGGGUGACUUCUGUGGUGGGCCCUCAGAGUCCCACUGAGUGGCUGUAUGAGACAGAAAGCACACAGGCACCUUUCAGCCCUCCUCCUUCCCCACUUCUAACCGACUCACCAGUGUCAGAUGAGGGGUGCAGUCAGCCUCUGGCCCCUGGCCCCUGUCGGCAAUAUAUAGUCAGGUGGUACUACGACCCCGAGGCCAAUGCUUGUGCCCAGUUCUGGUACGGAGGUUGUGAAGGCAACACAAACAACUUUGAGACUGAAGCCAACUGCAGGAAUACCUGUGUCUACACAUAACAGACUAUCUUUGGAGAGAAGGGUGUGUGCAAGCUAACAUACUUCAUUAGCAGCACUGAGGAACAGAGUGAAGUAGUGACGUAGGCUUUACUGUUGGACCAGAGCUCAGGGAGCUGCUGUUAACUUGCUCUGUGGAUUACUGCAGGUGAGGGAGAUGAUGGAGAGCAGAUAUGGACCAUCACAACAUCUCUCAGACUACGUUUACACUGCAGGUGCACAAUUCUGACCUGCUGUACAUAUUUUACCUGUGUUAUCUUCUUACAUCUGCAAGAACUCGUUUUAAAUGCAUUUUUAUUUUAUUCCCACUUCCAUUCUAUUGUUAUCAAGCUGUCAUUCAGGCUGAUGCUGAUCAAACACUGAACCAGAAUCACCAGGUCCUGUAUCAUAAAGUAAAGUCAACAUAGAGCCCACUGAGCCUACCACUGAUAGUGCUUAAUGAGCUGUAUCGCCAAGCUUCUCAGUUAACUUUGAGCUUUCACAUUCAAUAUACUUUAAUACUGUGUGAGUACUAACUAUUACACUGUACACAAUAAUCACAACUAGACUAAAAUAAAGGAGCUCCAGAAGAUUUGCAAAUGCAGUCAAAUAGAAAAAAUAUAAGGAAUACAAAAUCUAUAGAUACGUGGGCGUCAUUAAGUAAGUAUUUAUAAAUGUGACUGGCACAUCAAUAUUUAAAGUAGUCCAGUAUGAACUCAUGACUAUGUGAUACACUUAAGAACUGAAAAAACAGAGAUUGCUUGUAAGCACAAAACAAUCUCUGUCUGCAAUCCUAUUUUAAAUCCAGAGUCUUCUGUCGAAUCAAAGUAGAUCUUCAUAGGUGUCAGAAUAUUUCUGUUGGUAGUAAUUGCUCGUCACUUUAUUGGGAAGUCAGUAUUGUGAUCAAGGAAUCUAACUGGUCAGCUAUUAAGCCAUUGUUCUGAGGAUAAACGGCUCUGGAGCAGAUUUCCUAUGUAACCUAGGUUACCAUCAUCACUCAGAUCUGAGUUGAAACCAGAGAUACAUGGUUGACCUGCUGAUCUUGCUUCAUGGUAUAUCAUAUAAUGAAUUUAAGACUGACAUUAUUAGUUGAGCUCUUUGUAGAAGUUUCACCUCACAUUUUCGGACACAGCCAAUAACACUGAUUUAAAAACACCAGCAGUCAGUCCAGUCUCUGUUCGUGCUAUACAAGCAACAUGCCUCUGAUUAAUGAUGCCAAACUGAGUAAAUUUUCCAGGAUUUAAUGUGUUAAUGUGGCUCAUGUUUCAUUAGCUGAUGUAACUGAUCUGUCCCUAUCCUCUGACUUGAGUUCUUGUUUUUAAAAACAUUCAGUGGAUAUUGUUGUCUGAAAAGCCAAUAUAAAUGUGUCAGUUUUAGCUUAAAAACAAAAAAAUAUUAUAACUACAUUGUGAUAUUUUAAGAGUAAAGUCAUUUUUUGUAAAAUAAAUAAAUAAAUAAAACUAAAAGUUUAGAAAAUGUGGUCAUACCUCUACAAAUAGAAAAAACAGUAAAUCUUCUAAAUAAAGUCACAUAACAUUUACAAAAAAAAUAAAGUCAGUCUUCAGAGGGAAUAACUCAUUUUUUAAAGUAGUACAUCAGGAUUUAAUAACAUUAAAAAAAGUCUAAAUCCUGCCAUCUGUAGCAGAAACUACCAUAGCUUUUCACAGAUCUUAACAUGUCUCUGUUUAUGAAUGAUAUUAGUCACCACAGUAACAUCACAGCUGUGCAAGACAUUGCCAUACAUUUUUUUACAGCUGUGUAGCUGAAAUUAAAAUUAAGGCUGAGUUUAAAUAGGGUCUGUCAACAUGUUGGCAUUCUGACCCAUGAGCACUCAUUACUGCAUUAGUACACAAUUGCAUGAGUGUUCAUGGGUUGGAUCACACCCAGCUUGAAAAUCUUCCUUAACUUCGACCUUAACUAAACACCUGUAAAGUUUUGUUACUGUCUAUCCCUUUAACAAAAAUUUCUCCUCACAUAUUUUAACACCUUCCAGAGUUCGUAGACCCCCUUUCUGGUAGUUCCUCCUCCAGUAGGUGUCUCUGGGACCACGCUUGGCCGUAAUCAAAGAGACACACAGACUCAUGAGUUUAUAACAACACCAGUCAGAUUUUUGCAUUUGGCUAAUGUUUUUGGACAUUUAUAGAAAGUUAGAAAUAGAAAUGAUAGAAAUGUGAUAUUGAGGGGGCAGUAUUUAACGCCAGGCUCGUAAGUUCACAGAAGCUUUGUCAAAUUUUCCACUUUUUUUCUCAAAACUCUGGCUUUAGUGUCAAAGCUUUUUCAGUCAUUCUACUACUCUCUGUAUUAAUCACUAUUAUUAGAGAUUUAUUGAUGUGAUAUCCAAUGAUUUGGACAGACAGUUGGUACGAGCUGAACAGUGGUUUUCGUCAGGGGACUUGUGUGUACAAUCAAUUACAGAUAAAUGAACCAACCAUGUCAGAGCAAUCAACUGUAGCUGACCGUGACUGUGGUCCUUUAGAUCAUUGUUGCUGUUGACUGCUGCCUCCUCUGCUUUAUAGGCACGUCCAAAUACAUCUGAACUGCACUGUACAAUGUUUAAGCAGCAGGUCUGAAAGUGCAGCUUAUUCAGAUUAUGUUAGCAGGACUUCAUGUUUUGUCACAAAUGAGUUGACUAAAGAUUAGGAGCUUUCGUGUAUCAGCACAGUGUGUCCAAUGACUUCACAUCCAAAUCAGGAAAUUAUUUGUUCCAUACAGCUUGUUGCAUGAUACAUAUUUGCUGCACAAAAAAACAGUACAUCCAUGUCUCUAUAAUAACUCAUUUCUGAAAUAUAAUUGUUCAUGUCGAUAACCACAAAAUACUUCUGAAUAAAUACAGCACGGAACAAUAAAUAAAGGAAUAUACAUACAGUAAGUAUUUCGGUACUUACACUUGCAAUGUGAAUAUAGUCUACUGUAUGUACUGUUGAUACACAUGUAGUGUAUGGACCCAACAGUGUAUAAAACUUUGUGUAUUUUAUUUUAGGGCAAUUUCUGGGAUAUGUCCUUUGAUAUGUUUGUAGAAGAGAUGUCCAUGGUCAUGAUUGACCCUUUGAGGGCAUCUUGGUCAGUAAAGAGUAUGUAUUCCUAUCCUGUUUAGAGAAUUUUCACAUGUUGCAGCUAUUUCUGUCUCCACUUCUUAAGUUGUAGUUGUUUUAUUUUGUCUUAAUUAAAUGUAUUAACCUCCACUACAAAAAGUGUUAUAUGAAAAGUGUCAUAUUUUACUGUAAAAUAUAUUUUGUUUAACACUGUCCAUGUAUCAGAAGGAACAAUAAGUAG